AUGGCCUCCCAUGUGUACCAAGAUGCAUUUCCAACUCCACGUGCUUUCAUCGGGUAUGGUGGACUCAUGCUCGUCGAAUUUGUGCUCGCGUGGAUCAUGCCUGGCUACAUGCAAGAGGGUCUGCCGGUCCCAUCCCUCAACUACAAGACCCUGAUGUACAAGUGCAAUGCAUUGGGCUGUCUGUACAGCACACUGAUCAUUGCUGCGGCUCUGCACGUAUCUGGCGUGUUCCGUCUCACACAGAUUAUCGAGCACUUUGGUGAGUACAUGACGGUGAGUAUGAUUGCUGGCUUUGCCGUGAGCUUUGCGACAUACUUCCAUGCUGUCUUCACGCACACAACGCAUCGAAUGAGUGGCAACUUUAUGUACGACUUUUUCAUGGGUGCCGCAUUGAACCCGCGGAUUGGUCCGAUUGACCUGAAGAUGUGGGCAGAAGUGCGGAUUCCAUGGAUUCUCCUGUUCUUGAUCAGCGUGAGUGGCGCGUGCCAGCAGUACGAGCAGUACGGCUAUGUGACGCCCAACAUGGCGUUCAUGGUCCUGGCCACCGGUCUGUAUAUUAAUGCUUGUGCGAAGGGUGAAGAAUGCAUCCCUCAGACUUGGGACAUGUUUCACGAGAAGUGGGGCUUCAUGGUCAUUUUCUGGAACUUUGCUGGUGUGCCAUUCACUUACUGCUACAGCAUUGUGUACAUGGCCGCACACCCACCUGAGUACUAUCGCUUCUCGACGCCGACGUAUAUCUUUAUGUUCUCGCUUCUCCUGUUUGCGCACUUUGUGUUUGACUCUUCCAUGGCACAAAAAUCUCGCUUCCGCAUGCAGCUGCAAGGUACACUGAAGGUGCGCUGGUCGUUCCCGCAGUGGCCUUGGAGCACGCUGAAGGAUCCUCGAUACCUGCAGACAGAGCACGGCAAUGCUCUGCUUAUCGAUGGCUGGUGGCAAUUCCUCCGCAAGCCCAACUACACCGCCGACUGGACACAGGCUUUCCUCUGGGGUGCCAUCGCCGGUACGAGGUCUGUGAUUCCCUACUACUAUUCGCUCUUCUUCCUUGCUGUGCUCACGCAUCGCUGUGGUCGUGACUUUGAGCGUUGCGCUCGCAAGUAUGGCAAAGAUUGGGAGAAGUACUGCCAGAUUGUGCCGUACCGCUUCAUUCCUUUCGUGUACUAG